CCCCAAAAGAGGAUCAGAACAUCAGAGAGACCACGGAGGCCCUGGACAGGCCAGCUCACUUGGUCCAGCCCCAGGCCCCACACCUGUAAAAAGGGCCGUGAUGACAGCGGUCUCAGCAAACAGCCCGAGGCCGAGGAGCUGGUGCGGCGAGGAGGGCCGGGGCCCAUGCGCAGCCAUCCUCCAGAGAGCAUCAGUCUAGGCUGCAAGCUUGAAGCGGAGCAGAGAGUGGGGAGCAGUUUUCAGCGUCCUUCCCUCGCGUGGGAUGGAAGAGAAGCCGCUGGGCAUAGCUGAGAGUUGCCUGUCCUAUAAAGCGAAUUCUCCACUGAGAGGGCGGUACUUUCCUUGGCACACUGAUCAGGCUCUCUGGAUGCAGAAGCCGGACUCACUGCAGAGGCAGCUGUGCUGUUCCCGGAGCUUCUGGGGUGCGUCCACCUCUCAGGGUUCGCCCAGGCCGGCUCCAAGUGCCAGGGGCAUCCGAGGUGGGUACCUGCCCUUCUGGGUGCCGACAGCAGAGCCUGCCUUCCCGCUGUCACCAUGAGCGGCUGCUCCAAAAGAUGCAAGCUGGGCUUCGUGAAAUUUGCCCAAACCAUCUUUAAGCUCAUCACUGGGACCCUCAGCAAAGAUAAGAUUGAAGAUGAGUUGGAGAUGACCAUGGUGUGCCAUCGGCCAGAGGGACUGGAGCAGCUUGAGGCCCAGACCAAUUUCACCAAGAGGGAGCUGCAAGUCCUUUACCGAGGCUUCAAAAAUGAGUGCCCCAGUGGUGUGGUCAACGAAGAAACAUUCAAGCAGAUCUACGCUCAGUUUUUCCCUCAUGGAGAUGCCAGCAUGUAUGCCCAUUACCUCUUCCACGCCUUUGACACCACGCAGACAGGCUCCGUGAAGUUCGAGGACUUUGUAACUGCUCUGUCGAUUUUACUGAGAGGAACCGUCCAUGAAAAACUAAGAUGGACCUUUAAUUUGUAUGACAUCAAUAAAGAUGGAUACAUAAACAAAGAGGAAAUGAUGGACAUUGUCAAAGCCAUCUAUGACAUGAUGGGGAAAUACACAUAUCCUGUGCUUAAAGAAGACACUCCAAGGCAGCACGUGGACGUCUUCUUCCAGAAAAUGGACAAAAAUAAAGACGGCAUUGUGACUUUAGAUGAAUUUCUUGAAUCCUGUCAGGAGGAUGACAACAUCAUGAGGUCCCUCCAGUUGUUCCAAAAUGUCAUGUAAUGUGAACACAGCCAUGCAGCUCUCAGAGACAUUGUACUAAACAGCCAACUUAACACCUUGAUCUGUCCUCCUUCUGAUUUUACGCACCGACUCUUCGGACAGAAACACCUUUUACACUUUGGAAGAAUUCUCUGCUGAAGAUAUUCUAUGAAACCCAACAUCACGUGGCUCAAUCUCUGAUUGCCAGCUCUCCCUCCUCCCUCUUCUCGAGAAAGUCAAGGUGAAAUCGGGAUUAUUUUGGAAGCAUGCUCAUCUCUUCACACUGCUGCCCUAUGGAAGGUCCCUCUGCUUGAGCUUAAACAGUAGUGCACAUUUUUCUGCUUGCGUGCCCCAGCCCACUGCCGCCAAAUCCAGCAGACCUUGAUGAAUCUGGAAGCAAGAUGACCUGAGCCAAAUGUACACCAUCCUUUGACGGCCUCCCAAACCGAUGUGCCUGUUUCCCUUUCUUUGGUGGGAAGAAUGAGUAUUACACUGAACAAUGAGAAUCUACCCUGACUAGAUUGGGAGAGCCAGAACCUAACAUAUGUAGGAUAGGACUGAAUUAGUAAGCAUGGCAUUGUCUGAUGAUCUAAACUGCCCACCUCCUUUGUUUCCAGAGGCAAGGACCAAUAAUACUCUCUCACACUAGCAUCUGUGCUGGUGAUGCAAGUCCCUUAUCAUUUGCAGGAAGGGAGACAAUGCCCAGUGGUCCAUGCCUCCCCUCCAUCUCCUGCUAGAACCCAGCACUGCAUGUCCCUUCCAGAAAGCCCAGGAUGCCUGCAAAUUGCUGUAAUUUUAUACCAUCUUCUAAUCAAUAAAUGGAACUAUUUCUUACA